CUCUCAUCCCACACCCUCUCUUUCAUUUCAAGAGCUCUCAUCUCCAUUUUUGAAGGUUUCAAGGCCUCCACAUCUAGUUGUCUCUAAGGUAACCAUCUCUUCUCAAAUAUUGAGGGAAGAAGAUGAUGAAGGUGUGGACAUUGAAGACUUGGAGCAGAGUAUUCACUUCAAGCUGACGAAUGACUUAAAAUGUAAGGCUGAAGAACAGUUCCAAGUGAACGCUAAUUCAUUUACAAAAAUGAUACCAUGUGACUUCUUUUGCAAGGGAUUAUAUGCACUAGUCUUGAAGAAUGCUGAAGUAUAGAGUGUUGGGAAAAUGUGUCCGUUUUGAACUUGUGGUUUUUUGAACAUGUAAUUUUUUCAUAUACAGUUGGGAA